AUGGAUCAAAAACUUUUGAAUACUUUGGCUCCAAAACUCAACAUAAAAUCACCAAAAGUUAUCGGGAAAGCUGUUGAAUUGAUGAGAUUGGCAGAAGCCAAGUCGCACACAUCUGCCGGCCUUCAAUUGACUGGAUCAUGUAGAGCUGUCGUCCUGCUGGAUCUUGCGGCCAGUGCCCUUGGUGAACCCAUUGAUAAGACAUGUGCUGUCAAGUUGUCUGGACAGAACAAGCGUAUCUACACCAGUUCACAUAAGGCGUUAGAAUGUCUUCUGGACAUGCAACCCAAGAUCACCAUCAGGGAGAUGGCAGUCCAGUUUGGCUGUACCGGAGCAGUAGAGCUCGCUCAUAAUGUUCUCAAAAGUUAUCAAACUUUACAAGAAGAUUCAACGGCAAAUGACGAUAUGGAUUUCGAUCGGCCGCUGUUUCAAGGCGCAGCACUUUUUGCUGCUUGUAGAAAAAUGAAGGUGAAGAUUGAGAAGACGCGUCUUGUGGAAAUGGUGGGCACCAAAAGGACAAUAUUCGAUAAACUAGUUGCUGUGAUGGAGGGGCAUGUCAACAAAAUAGCUGAAGAAAAAAAGAAAAAGCAGGAGAAGGGACCAAGCAAACGUCCUAGGACUUUCCUGGAGCAGCUCGAAAAUGCUGUUAUAGAAUCUGAAGUGACCAGCCACCAGCAGGAAGUUGACGAUGACUUAACUCGCGAAGACUACGGCGCGUGGAAGAAACGUAUUCUCGAAAAUGCUCGCAAAUCCUUGAAGGCUGGAAAAUGA